UCAACAAAACCACUUUGGUCUGAGACUUGGGAACCCAACCCCUCCAUUCCCUGCAGCUGAGAGCCGCCGUCGCCGUUGCCGUUGCCGUUUCGGCGCUGCUCACCCCCCGCCAAUGCAAUCGAUUCUAGUUCCCGCUCAAGGAUCCUAUUUCCUCCUCCGAAUUCUGAAUGGAAGCUCUCAGACAUUCGAAUCGUUUAAGGACCAGAUUUCUCUUUAUUUUUCGCGGUUCCUUCGUAUUAGUUCCAGCUUAGACCUAAUCGAAUCCAGGAGCAUGAGUAGCGAUCGAAAUGAGAAGAAGGAAAUUUCAGACGGUGGAGAUGAGGAGCCGAGGGGCGCCGUUUUCAACGCCUUGGAUGCAAUGUUGAAGUGUAGUUUGGAUCGGUUGAAAACUACGAGGGAACGCAUAUGUUGGGGGCGUUCAAGUGGGCAUAGUUUUGUCUUUCAAUCAGUGUCCAAGAGUGAUAUAAGUUUGAUUAGAGCUUUGUGCCUGGAAGGUAAGCUAGGAGCAGCUUUACGUCUUUGGCACACUGAGGUUCAACAACUUAGAAUUCCUGAUGUCCUCACUCACAAUUACCUUCUAAAUGCACUUUGCAAAAGCGGUGACAUGGAGAGGGCAGUGUGGCUUGUUAACGAGAUGUUAGUCAAUGGCCCUCGCCCUAGUUGUGCUACCUACAACACUUUGAUGAGUGGUUAUUGUCUGGUAAAUGAUGUCGAUAGAGCUCUGGAUGUUUUUGCUACCAUGGAUAACCAUGGAGUGAGGCCAAAUAGGGUCUCAUGCAAUAUUCUUGUGCACACCCUUUGCCAGAAUGGCUUAUUGCAGGAUGCAACAAAGCUGCUUGAGAUAAUCUUGGAUGACAAUGAUGAUGGUGGAAGUUCAAAUUUAAUCACUUCAACCAUACUUAUGGGUGGUCAUAUCAAGAGUGGUAGCAUUGUUGAAGCUAUCACUUGUUGGAAUGAUAUAUUUGAAAGGGGUAUAGAGGUCGAUGUUGUUGCAUAUAAUGUUAUUAUUCAUGGAUAUUGUUUGAGAGGGGACUUAACCAUUGUGUACAAGUCUUUGGGCAAAAUGUAUAAAAGUGGUCUUGUGCCUGACAUUUUUUCUUAUAAUACAGUCAUCAGUGAGCUAUGCAAGUCAGGCUGGAUUGAUGAGGCAUGUUAUGUUUUUGGUGUUAUGUCAAGGAUGGGAAUUCCUCCUGACCACAUCACAUAUAAAAUGAUCAUCCAAGGAUUGUGUAUUAAUGGAGAUGUAUCUAGAGCAACCUAUUAUAUUUCACACAUGCUGCAGAACUCGUUGGUGCCCAAGCCUCUCAUUUGGAAUGUCAUGAUUAAUGCCUAUGGAAAACGUGGACAAGUACAAGAGGCACUGUUCAUGAAAAACAAAAUGAUUGAACUUGGUGUACUGCCCAACGUUUAUACAUACAAUGCUCUUAUUUACACACAAAUUAAAGAUGGAAGUAUUGACAAGGCUUAUUAUCUGAUGACUGAGAUGCUGUUUAAUGGGAUUUCCCCUGAUGUAGUCACCUACAAUUUGUUGAUUGGUGCUUAUUGUGAUCUGGGAAACAUUAGUUAUGCACUCCAGCUGCACAAUGAAAUGGUGCGGAGAGGAUGUGUACCAGAUAUAGUAACUUAUACCGAAUUACUUAAGUGCUACUGCAUUAGAAGCAAAAUCAGAGAGGCUGAAGAGUUACUUUUUAAGAUGUUGAUGACAAAUUUGACAAUUGAUCACGUGCCAUUUAUAAUACUCAUGAAGAAAUGCUUCAGGAUGGGGGAGCUAGAUAAAGUUUACAAUCUUUAUCGCUUAUGGUUACGAAGGAGAAGAAAUCUGCAAUUGGAAGUCAUGUGGUGAAACCGAAAGGACAUCAUUCUUCUUCUAUGGAGCAUUUUGUUUGUUAGUGCACAGCUGGGAUGUUCUCCUGGAGAUGUUUUUGAUCAAGUGACGGCACCUUACUGCAACUGUGUGAAUAAGAACAAUAUUCUUAUGAUGAUCACAAGCUGGUGCUGGGGCAACAGUUAUUCAGCCUAUCAACUAAUCUUGGAGGUUCUAAAUGAAAAAGUGGUCACUGGAUUUGUUGAUGAGGUUCAACCUGUUAUCCAAGCAGUUCAAAGUAUCUAUCAAAUGUUUUCUUAUGUGUCCUCAACUCCCUGAUAUUUCUGUGGCAAUCCACAGUAUCAAAAGUGAUCAAGAGAAAUGAAUAUAUUUCAAUCAACAAGCUUGGUGAUCUGAAAAAAACUUAUUCAACUCUAUUCCCUUGCUUUGAUCGCAAAGUUUGUACCUGGACAGUUGCUGCGGCCUCGUCCAGAUCAAGGAAGUUGCUGCAGUACAUCCAGCUUCUGAAUGUGUCAUAAUGCAUGUGGCUGUGAUCCAUAGGUGACAACAUCCACCAGACGAUCAGGCUACUUCGCGAAAGACGAUACUUUCAGGUACAACGAGUGUACAUUUGUGCUCUGGUAUGCGUGGAGAACAGGAACUACUUUAACAUGCAUAAUGAGUUCAAACAUCGAGUUGCUUAAAUGCCUCGUGAGAAUAUAAUUAUUGAAUUGGAUGCAACUAACUUUGGUUAAAGGAUGAUUAUCAUAAACUAUCACUAGGUUGUGUAUCAUUUAAGGAGGUACCAAGUGCCUUCAUACUAGGAUUUACAUUUGUGGAAAAUUUGCAAUUUUCUUGGAUAUCAAGCUGGAUUCUCUAUGCACAAGGGAUGAUUGCCAAAUCUUUCAAACAUAGUUUACUUCAUCUGAUGUUAGUUCUUUCAAAUAUAGAUGGGAAAUGUCCAGAAUAAUUUUACAUUAUCUGUUUUUUUCAGAAUUAAUUGCUUACAUGUGUUGCUCA